GGGUGUGGCCGUGGCCUAAUAUUUUUUGCAAACAUGGCGUCAAAUGAAAACUAUUCUACGUCUUACGAGAGAGGGAGCGGCUCCCCUAGCUCUUAUUCCCCUGCCAUUGAUCCUGACUUCAACCCUGACAUGAGAAACGAGUAUACAUGCUUCCUUUGUAAUGGCUAUCAGACUGUCAUUGGUACGAUCAUCAUUGACUCUGUUGGUAUUGAACUCAUUGAUGGUAUAGGAAGAAGACUAGAAUUGGAGGCAUACGAUCAGCUAGUUUCAGUCAAUGAACCAGAACCUUAUAGCUUCCACAGUCUUAUACUAGUGUACCCCAGCAGAUACGUUGUGCUCUCUCAUUUACUGAGGAAGAGUCAGUUAGUCGAAGUUUUUAAAAAUGUUGGACUUUACAGGGAGGAACCAAAGCUACCGUUUGAAGCAAUCGGUUUUUAUGAUCCAGAGAGACUUAAUGAACAACAUCACAGUGGCAGCCUUGAUAUACCUUAUGAAGUAGAAAAAGAAGAAAGAUGGUCCUCAGAGGAAGAGGAAGAGAGGCAACCAAGGAGGAGAGGAGGUAAUUCAAGAACUGCCGAUCAAUGGAGUAACAAGGAAGAGCAGGAGAGAUACAUGCAACGAGAGAUAGCCACACAGUCCAUGCUCAACCCAAUACAGAUGCUCUCUUCUGAGGAUCAUGCAAGAAAGAAAACAGUUAGCAGUGGAGAGUGGAAGCAGCUGGACAAGUAUCACUCAUCACCAGCACAGGCUUUCAAUAAAACCCAGCCUUCCACUACCCAGCGUAGAGCUGUGGUGACUAUUAAAGCUACACUGAGCCCCGGUCGUACAGAGGAGACUAGUUUUCCCGUGCGUCAGGUUGUAAAGGUUGAUGAACUUGUUGAUCAGCUGAAGACUUUGUUUCCGGAUCAUUCUAACGCAAAGCUUAAAGAUUAUCUGAGAGAGUGUGGAUAUGAUAUCAAUGACACCAUUACAAUGAUACUUAGUGAGGAUCAAGAAGAUAGUUCUACUUAGGAUCAGGGAGGUUUGAAGAUAUAAUGUGACCUAUACAUACUUGCAUGAAGUGAUUGUACAGCAACAUUUUCUAACAUUUUUUACCACUUUUUGUACAAUUUAUAACUAUUGAAAGAUUAUGCCUGGACUUACAUUACUUAUACAGUUAUAAUCUUCGUUUAAUGUCUAAAUUCAUAAUACUGAAACUUAUCUUUGUGUCACAAUUUUAGCAUUAUAAUUAUUAUUUCAAAAAAUUCAA